UUCGUCUCCCUCUACGAGAAUAUUGAAUUGCUUCCUCUCCGUGACGUGAUUAGUUAAUACAAUUGCGUAAGGCUUUUCUAGAUACACUGGAGGAACAACCGGUGGGUGAAAUAAGACAGGUCUAAUGUGUAGUUCAUAAUUUACGUCGAAAUCAACUUAUUGUCAACUUGCACUAUCCUACCGAUAGGGAUUCUUUUUUCAAAUGGUGGCUGUAUCACACAGAACUUGCAUCUGGGUCCAUAUCGAGGAUCAUUUGCCAGUGACAUCGUUUGAACAAGGGGUAGUGGUCUGUGUGGUUGGAGGAUUUGGGUGCACAUUGACGUGCAGUUCUUAUUAUGAGUUUUCUGACAUUAGACUCGUGUUUUCAGUGUCUUGCAGGUAUUUAUGGGGCUUUAAUAGCGCUUUUCAUUUAGUGCGGUUUUAACAAAAAAAAAGGCUGGACGCCACGUUGCAGCGACAGUGUCGCUCCCAGGCUAUUUCACUAGAAAUCUUGUCCGGCUGUCUAUCAAAAAUGCUUAUCGUAUCACUUUUCUCCGCCUGCACCCGAAAGACAAUUUACAUUCACUGCGAAAAAGCAAAGGCAAUGCGGCGUUAAAAACAAUUCUUAUUGUACUCUUACUAAAUAAAUGAACGUAUUAUAAAUGAACAGAACAUUAGUGCCAAAUUACUGCUAAUUACGUGACGCUUUCGUCUCGUGGCUAUUUUUCAGCUAUAAGUGAACGUUCGAAUGUUCUUGGUAUUCAUCUGGAUGACAGACAGUCAGCUUCUAUAGAAAAACACAAGACAGUGAUAGUGUAUCACCGCCAGGAUUUCCUUUCCACUAACUAAUGGACAGUAGGGAACGGCGCAUUUCUUUUAUUUUCCGUAUGCCUGUAUGUUCUAUGCGCUCCGACAGUAUCGAUUCCAGUAUUUGUAUAUGUUGGCCAUCCGACACCCCCAUGGCAUCUCUCUUCUUUCACUUACUCUUUCCCGUUCGACCCGAAAAUUUGCAAAGUGCCAACAAAAUGGGCUGACGGAGCGGAUGGACCACAGUUGUAACUCUGUGACUUAGUACCGAGAGUAAGACUGGCCGAAGUUCUUCUACUGUGUGGCGACUACAGGCCCAAGGUUCUCCAAGUGUCGUGCCAACGAAAAUCGACUAAAUCUUUAUCGUUGCGAAUUAUUGUCAGUCUAUACUCUGCACAAGGCUAAGUCGAUAUUCGGUGAAACUAUUUUGUCGGUGUUCUUUGUCUUUCUUUUAUUACUAGCAUAGUUUUUUUUACAUAUGCACCAUGUUUCUUAUUUACAACGUCAGAAGACAGCAGCGUGACACAAAAGAUUCCCGUUUUUGUUGAAUAGAUAUCACAUAUCUGACAGCGAGCUUGUAUAUGCGUGUACUACUAUUCAAAUUAAAGGAGCUUUCUGUGUGGCUUGUCCGUGACAGCGGUUUUUAUGCAAAGGCAUAGUGCACCGAUUCUACGUUCACUGAGACCAUGCGUCGUGCCCUAAACCGCAUUGUGAAUAUAGCUGGACGUCAAUUAUUCCCCAGGCGAGAAUCGGAGGAACCUUUGCAAGUCGUAGCGACCUCAAGCAAAGGGAAUCUGUUUGGAUCACCUUUUCAUCGCACAGCUGGUCGAUCCCUAGCCGUUGCAAUGUCGACAGCCGUGUCAGCUCCUCCGAGUCCGUUGCGUCCUAACCAUGCAGAUCUCGACUAUUCGCCAGUUGGUAACGAACCCCAGUCGGACAUAUUUGCUGGCCUUGAUCCCACUCAAAUCGCAUUGAUGAAUGAGAAGUGUAUCCUGGUUGACGAAAAUGACCGUGUUACGGGAGCCGCCAGCAAAAAGGAUUGUCAUCUCAUGUCCAAUAUUCAAAAAGGCCUUCUUCAUCGAGCAUUCUCUGUCUUCCUUUUUAAUUCUUCUGGAGAUCUCCUUAUCCAGCAAAGGUCCGAUGAGAAAAUCACAUUUCCUGGGUGCUUUACCAACUCGUGUUGUUCUCAUCCACUUGCCACUCCGUCGGAGCUCACCACAAACCCCAUUGAAGGGGUAAAGAACGCGGCUCAACGUCGAAUGUUUAUUGAGCUAGGAAUCCCGCCAGAAGAGCUUCCGCUUGAUGACUUUCACUACGUAACGCGCAUGAAGUAUAAGGCGGAAUCGGAUAGACAGUGGGGAGAGCACGAAAUCGACUACAUUUUAUUUAUGCAGAAGGACAUAACAACAAUCCAACCAAAUCCCAACGAAAUAAAAUCUACACUAUACCUCUCGAGAAAAGACGUCGACAUCUUUGUGGACAACUUAGAAAAAAACGGAAACAAGCUUACUCCCUGGUUUCGUCUCAUCUUGGCGACUUCGCUAAAGAAGUGGUGGGACAAUCUCGACCGGAUUCAUGAGUUUGACUCGCACGACGUUAUAACUAGGCUAAAUUAGGAGCCAUCGGUCGUUCUAUAAUCGUCAUCUUCUAACAAAAAUGAUGACAAGACAAACGUGCUUAGCAUUUCGCAUUUCCCUAGCAAGCUUCGGCACUUUUUGCCGUAUUGGAGCGAGGUCAUAGACAUUUUCUUAACGAAGCCCGUGCAGCGUUAUAGAUACAUAAUUUUCUCGUCACUACUAGGCUUUCGUAUUAUAAUUGUGAUUGCCUUAUAUUGUUAGUAAGAUGUCAAUACAUUGUUUACUCUAAACAAUAACGAAGUUACUAGCACACAUAAAUAUUUAACUUGCGAUUUUCGAAGAUGUACUUCUAUGCGUAACGACCUCAAUUGAUGCUGCAGCUGCGGUGAAACGAUAAAAUUGAACUUUUAAUAGUGUGGGGCCAUUAGGGAACAUUUCGAAUUGCAAUUCUUUUUCUGUGUCCCCUUGCAACAUAAGUGGCAGAACAUUGUGAUGCAACAAAUUGAAGAUUAUACUUUACACGGUUACUGGGAAGCCAACAUAUGACUUCCAUUUGUAGCAACGUUUUCGCUAGGGUGCAGCAUAUCCAAACGUCGAUUAAAAUACUUCAUCUGGUUAAAAUGCAAAAAAGCAUGGGUUUCAACAUGGGUUUUUUGCCUUUCAACAUACUUGAAACCUCGUUCAGAAUAGUUCUGUUAUUGGUCAGGCUAUCACCGAAAUGUCUCAAAAAAGGCCGGUGGCUCGCACGUUUUGCUUAUGGAGAUAGAAUUUGCCCUAAAAUGACUUACGCAUCACACCUAUUGUAGAUCCAACACGCGUCCAGAUAGGGACAUAAACCCGUUUUAGCUUUUGGCUAAUGUAGUGCGGUAAUGUAAAUCGGUGUAUUUGUUUGUUAUACCAUAUCUAUUCUAAAACUGUGAAAUAGGUGUCAAUUUUUGUUUUAUAGGUGCUAUCGUAUAAAAAAAUAAGUGGGCUAUUUUUAACUUAGCAAAAAUAGUUUCCCAAGUCCAGCAGAUGUUCUCCAAUGCUAUCUCAAUAUGUACGUGUCAGUUUUAUCCUCCUCCUGAUAAGCGCGUGUGUGUCUGGCACGAGAUCACUAAUACAUACGAUAAUACGUAGUAAGACUCAGUGACUUUCCUCUCUGUAUAAAUUGCUUGCUAUAGGGCUGCGUACGGUCACUGGACACCUAAACAGCUUACUCCCUACGUUCUUUGUCAGGACCUCAGGCGGGUCAGUGCUGACCAGUUCAGCGAGGUUCCCCUCUAUUUUACUAGUCAAUACAGAUACACACGUGCAAGGUCCCCAAAGAUUUUUCUAAGCUGAUUGAAUGAUUAAUUUGGAGUAUCGAAACAUCUCAGGACAGCGUAGAAACGCACUUUCAACAUCUUGCAUGUCGUGUAUGUCAAAACUGUCUCACUCACUGUGACUCUCAAUACUGUUCAGACUGUAUGUAGUUAAUGAGAAAGCAGUACAAACAACUAAUCAGGUGAGAUGAGUAACUCAAGAAACCAUUUUUGACUUAGCUAAUUACCCCUUUGACUAGUAUCGUGGUAACGAGAGGCAAAAGGGAAUGAGCGAAUAUCAUCCAAUUUAUACUGCUGAUAUCAAACGAAGUCGGAAGUUGGAUUCGCUCAUUCGGUACUAUGAUUAGUAAUUGUUAUUUUGUCUUGAUCAGGGAUUUUUGAGAAUGUGUGUGUAUGCUCCAACGUGAAUAGAUCAAGAAUUAUUGUUGUGUAAUGAUUAACAACUAAAGGUCUAGGUAACAAUAAUUGUUGGAGAUAUUAUAAUAUUAGUAUGAUUCAUAUCCAAGAUACUCGCAAACAGGUCGAUAAAUACGGGCGCGUUUUUGCCUAUUGCAGUUACGCAACAAGACACUGAGAUCUUUCAACGCUUUGUAAUACGAAGGGUGUGCAGUAUGUGUACGGCUUGAAAUCUGAAGUACAUAUUCUCGCGGAAAGUGCAGAAAGCAGUUUCAAGCUACAUACAUGAUUUUAUAUUAGAGAUGCGAACACCGUUGUUGAGCCCAUUUCGGUAAAGUCUUCCUUUGAAAAAAAUUUUUCGUGCGAAGACAAAAUCUUCGAAUGCGCAAAACAAUAUCAGCUUAAACCCUACAAUGAAGACAUACUAGGUAGACUCAAAAUAAUACACCGGUCCAUGAAACGGUAACAUUUGAGCUCGAGCUUCGACUAAUAUUAACAAGAAGUCUUAACUUACUGUCACCGGUGAGGAUUAACAAAAAACUGUAGUUCGUUAAGGUAUGAAGUGAGCGACUGUUGAGCGUCUCGGCUAAUUCCCUCGCCCUAAUUUAACAAGAUGUUAGCAUCCAUCCCAGUCCAACACGUUGUUACUAUAAUGUUGAUACUAGGCAAUAUUACUAAACAAAAUGAAUAUAUAGUUUUUACCAUUAUUAUUCUUAUCAGUUUUUAGUUAAAUGUGUUCAAGCUAAGUUGUCAGCCUUGUGAGAAGAGCCUAGUAAUGCACAAACAGUUUCGUCCUAAUUUAAUCGAAAUGAAACCGACCGUUUUUCAUUGUUGUUACUAAAUAACAGAUGUCUAAAUUAGGCAGAAAUUUAAGCACGUAAUGUGAAGCUGUUUAGAUUGCAUCGUUUCUACUUAAUUAUAAAUAUUCGUCUCGUAGUAUACAUACAUUUUGUGGACAAAGAAAAUAUAAGGGGUAUGUCGUGUAACUUUUAAGAUUAGAUGCAAGGUACAGAGGUAGACAUUUGCAUUAGUAGUACGUCUACUAGGGCUAAGAACAACAUAUAGAUAGAUUAACGAAUAUAACGAAUACUAAUUUACCCACCUCGGCUGCUGACUGCAUUGUAAGUAUACUCUAUGUAUUCUGUGUGUGUAUUUAUUUUGUGAGACGAACUUGAAUUGAAACAAUUCUGUACAACUGUCUGCAAAACAUGUGCCAUGCCAAGUAGCAAAGGACAUGUAGCUCCUCAAGGAUGAUCAUCAUCUAGCAAUAUCGUUCCAACUUAUUUUCGUAGCUUCGUAUGUCCCACUCAAAAAGUUAACUCUAUAAAAAGCGUGAACAUUCUCAAAAUGUUCACUCUUUUUAUACACCUAGGUACAAUGUUAUUAUAAAAAAUAACAUUGUACUUAGGUGUAUAAUCUAACUGGCGUUUUUGUUACGUUCCUACAUUUAUGUUACUGCUCAAUGUUAGUGAUUACAUGUUCAGAUAAAUGUUGACUUUUUAGUAACAGUAGUCUAUAAAUAUUUUUUGUUUGUUUUGAAUAAAGCAAACAUUAAAAUGUUAAGGUUUAAAUCGCGUUUCUUUUUAUUCUUCUUAGUUGCUUCUAAGUGAAUAUUUAGCAAAUCUUGUAACUACCAUGAAUAGCGUACCAUUUGAAUAUACUAACGUAUACCGCGGCCACUGUCAAAUUCAUUUUCUGGUUUUAUUCACCUGGACAUGACCGACUCGUCUUCAAACAUUUUCUUAUUCUCAAGAUAAAAUGCUGCGCAUCACAGCAGUGCGCCGACAUGGAUUGCUAGAAAAGGCCGAAUAUGAAAAUCACGUCCUUCAUUUGGAUUUUCCUACCACUAAUGAGUAUCAUGAUUUGUUACGGUGUAUAAUGGUUUUAUCCAAAUUGACAGGACGAUGCAAAGUGGUUGUGCAAUCAAAUAAUACGUGUUCGCCGUAGGACAACUGCAAACAAAUGUACCAUUAAAUGAGGUGCCACAUCUAAUCAGAAAAGCAAGUGGCUAAAAAAAGCGUGGACAACGAUCCAGACAGUAUUUGCUGGUAGCAUUAGCCUUGCAGGAUUAUAGGUUUAAGAACGGGCCGCCCGAAACUUUUAGGCUGAUUCGACUCACUGCAGAAAGAAUUAGGAUUAUAAAUUCAUAUCUUAAAAACGACUGCCAGCGAACAUGAAACGUACUUCAAUAGAUGUACUAUAGCUACUCGUUUUUGCAACAAAUUUAUCAUAUCUCUAAUCUUAAGGUAUAGUAAUCGCUAAAUUAAUCAUAUGAACAAAGUUCCUUAUCUUUCUCAUAAUUAACUUGCAUUUCAUAUACAGGAGUCCGUCUUAAAGAAAAAGCCGUGGUAAGCACGUUCUCACCGGUUUAGCACAUCGAUAUUACAACUGAACUUAGGAAACAAAAUUUCUUAGGAUCCUUUUGAUCAUAAACUGUUCCUGCUUUAUUGGCUUCGAUAGCUCAGUUAGUUACCACUUCGUUGGAACACCUGUUUGUUAAGGAUACCUGCAGAGUGAAAGAUUAGCGCUAGGGUUGACUCAUUGGCAGUGUCGAAGAACUCAGGUUUCAAUGCAUUUGUUGCCUUUCGGUUGAAGAAAAACGAACUCUCCAUUUGGCUGCAUCGACAAGCUUCUUCGUUCGUAGGUCUUUUUUAAAAACCUUGUCCUUUUUUAAAAAUAUUAUCAGUGCCGGGAUAUUUCGCACACAG